AUGAAAUCUUCUGGACUUUUGAGCCUCCUGGUGCUAUGCAUCCUCUUCAUGAAUGCCCAGGGACCUGGUCUGAGCGAAUGGUUCGUUCCCAAGAAAUGCCCCAAAAUCAAAGAGCAAUGUGAAUUCCAAGAAAGGGACUCCUGUACAGAGGACAGAGAAUGCCAGGACAACGAGAAGUGCUGCAUCUUCAGCUGUGGAAAAAAAUGUUUAGAUCUCAAAAAAGUUCUCAACUCCGGGCUCUCUUGGCAGAUGUAUGCGCUAUGCCCAAAGAUAGUGGCCUGUGCAUGGCUUACUUUCCUCGUUGGUGGUACAGUAAGGAGAAUAAUACCUGCUCCAUUUUCAUCUACGGUGGCUGCCACGGAAACAAUAACAACUUCCAAACCAAAGCCAUCUGCCUGA